AUGCAGGUUUUUAGGCAAAAGAAUCAUUUGAAAAGUCGGAAAAAAUCACAGGUAAAACAAGAGGAGAAUACCUUACAGGAUUUUUAUGGUAAUUGGUCUCCUUCAGCACCGGCUAAACAAUUUGAGAAUGAAUUGUCGCCAUCUGUCAUACAAUGUUCUCCCUCUGUGAUUCUUGGUCAACAAAAGCAGAUCCAAGGGGCUGAAACCUUAUAUCACAAUGUCAUAAAUCCAUAUGUGGUUUCUUCUGUGUAUGAGAACAUGAAUAGUACAUACCCUGCGAUGCCAAUGCUAUCGCAGACUCAAUCAGGUGAUAUUAGGAAGCAGCCAAUGCUUUCUGGGUUCGAAGUGCCUCCUGGUAUAGUGAAUCCUGUGAAAAAUUAUGUGGACUCGGUCAAACCCCAAAGCAUGACUCCUCAGGAGAAAAUUGAAAAAUUGAGGAGACGGCAGCAAAUGCAGGCAAUGAUUGCUAUUCAGAAACAACAGCAACAAUUGGGCCAUCAAGUUCCUAGCAAAUCAAUCACUCAAAAAUGUCUCCCAGAAAUUCAAAGCCAUCUUAGUGAUGGUACUGAUGAAGAUCUAAGAACUCUUCCUGCUCCAGAUCCAACUAUUGAACAGGAUGAUUCUAAUACAAUGUCAGUGGCAGUUGGUAAUGAUUUCCUUGAAGAAACCACAUUGUACAGGCUUCAGGAUAUUAUAUCAAAGUUAGACAUCCAAAUAAGACUCUGCAUCAGAGAUAGUUUGUUCCGGUUGGCACAAAGUGCAAUGCAAAGGCAUUAUGCUAGUGAUACUAGCAGUACAAACAAAAGCAGCAGAAAACUUGAAGUUGCAGCCCGAGAAGAAAGCAAUAGCCAAAAUAGAUAUGCCAGAAUGCCUGAUGUCGAAACAGAAACGAAUCCCAUUGACAGAACUGUCGCCCAUUUACUUUUUCAUAGGCCUAUGGAGUUAACCCAGAAUUACUCUGACAAGCUGGAGUCGCCUGUUUCUACCAAGGUGAAAUGUGAAAGCAAAGCAGCUAACCUGGUGAACUUUCCCGUGAGUUGCUUACCAAAUGAGGACUCAAAGAACAAUCAACGGCUUUCUCAGCUUGGAUUUAAGAAUUCCUGGUUUGAUGCCCAAUCUAUGGAUCAAAUUAAAAAUAGUCCCUGCAUAGACACUUCUGAGAAUGCAUCCAAUACACAGGAAUUUCAAGCCUCUCAAUGA